AUGGCCUUUAUCAACACAGACAGACUCUCUAACAUUCUCUCAAAUAUGGAAGAGAACACGUCCAACCUAAAAUACGCCAUAAAGAAUAAUAUUUCAGAAAUACUAAAGAAAGAGACAAACAAUGAAAUAGAAUCACUCAAAGAAGAAAUAAGAGCAUUAAAGGCGAGAGCUACAGCCGAACCCAGAAAUUCAGAAAUUGAAAAAUGCAAAGAGAACACAGAAAUAUCAAAGGAAGUGGAGGAGUUAAGAGAAGAAUUAAGAAAUGAAAAAGAGAAGUACAGAAAUUAUAAAGAAUGGGCUGAGAAAAAGAUAAAAUCACAGAUGAACAAUUUAUUAGAGCUGAAAGGGACAAUCCGGGUUAUUACCAGAAUAAAGCCAUUUAAUUCAACUGAGAAAGUAUUAUUCACAGAUGAAAUGAUAGAAUUCCCGCAUAAGUCAUUUACUAGUCAUUGUAAUAGAGUAUUCUCACCCGGCACCACACAGAAAAAAGUAUUUUCAGAGAUUGAGGAUCUCGUAUACUCAGUUACACAGGGAUAUAAUGUGAGUGUAUUGGCGUAUGGACCCACGGGCAGUGGCAAGACGUAUACAAUGGAGGGAAAGUCUGAACUAUCAUGCAGUAAAAAAUUAUUUGUAGUAGGGAGUGGCAUAAGCGGAUUCUGCAGUGAGUGCGAGUGUAAUUCCUGCAUAGAGAAGGGUGUUGUAUAUAGGAGUGCAGAUGUUUUAAGUAAAGAAUUAAAAAGGCUUGAAGGAUUUGGGUAUACGCAUCAAGUGAAGAUCACUGGUGUUGAAUUGUAUAAUGAUAAGGUGAUUAAAUCAGUAGAGAGCAUGGGUGUCGAUGAGAUUGAGAAGGUUUUUAAGAAUGUGUCAAGUGGUAGAAAAAUAAGCAGUACUGAGUGCAAUCAGAGAAGCAGUAGAAGUCAUCUAAUACUUACCAUAAACAUAGCCAUAAGAAAAGAAACAGAUCGGGCAAUAGAGUAUAUUGAAGGGAGCCUUUGCAUUGUAGACUUAGCAGGAUCUGAGCGACUGAACCAUUCUCUAGCAGAAGGUGAUCGAAUGAAAGAGGCUGUUGAAAUAAAUAAAAGCUUAAGCGCCCUGGGUGAUGUAGUAUAUGCAAUAUCAAACAAUACUCCGCAUAUACCGUACAGGAACUCUAAGCUUACCACUAUGCUAAAAUCAACACUUGGUUCGGGUGCAAAGACAGCUUUUAUAAUCAAUGUAGACCCAGGGUCAUCCAUUGAUGAAACAAUCACUGCUUUACGGUUCUGUAAUAGAUUACAGGAGUGUAAAUUAGGAAAGGCAAAGGUUACUUCAGUAGAAAUAGUAAAAUAAAUUAUGAUAUAACCAGAGACCAUAAGAAUUAAUAAAAACCC